GCCAUCCCACACAUCUCUGCGUCGCCACUGCCUUGGGGAGAAAGAAACAAGCCCUAAUCGUAGUAGUAGCUGCCAUCCUCCCCUAUUCUCUCUCUCCAUUAUCGCCGACGAUUACAGCGAUAUGGCUCUCAGGGGCAACUGGAUGUACGAGAACAAUGGAGGGACCUGCGUCGCGAUCGCGGGAGCGGACUACUGCGUGAUUGCCGCCGACACGAGGCUCUCCGUCGGCUACAGCAUCUACACCCGCGACUACUCCAAGAUCUGCAAGCUAGCAGACAAGUGUGUGAUGGCGUCCUCGGGGUUCCAGGGGGAUCUUAAAGCUCUGCAGAAGAACUUGGCGGCAAAGCAUUUGAUCUAUCAACAUCAGCACAACAAGCAGAUGAGCUGCCCAGCCAUGGCUCAGCUCCUGUCAAACACCCUUUACUACAAGCGGUUUUUCCCAUAUUUCACCUUCAACAUCCUAGGUGGACUUGAUAGUGAUGGAAAGGGCUGUGUCUUCACAUAUGAUGCUGUUGGAUCAUAUGAAAGGGUUGGGUACAGUGCCCAAGGUACAGGUGCAGGACUCAUCAUACCUGUUUUGGACAACCAGCUAAAAUCUCCAAGUCCUCUGCUAUUACCCGCCAAGGAUGCUGUCACACCUUUGUUGGAGAUGGAGGCGGUCGAUUUAGUGAAAGAUGUUUUUGCGUCAGCCACCGAAAGAGACAUAUAUACUGGGGAUAAAGUGGAAAUUUUGGUGAUAAAUGCAUCAGGUAUUCGGCAGGAGUUAAUGGAGCUGAGGAAGGAUUAACCAUUUGAGUUGUGGUGACUUUUGUUUAGCUUUUCGGGUACUCGAGAAGCGAAUUGAUCAUUUCUUGCAAGAUUGGGAUGUAUAAAAAUAUGCUGUUUGCAUGGGGUCUGCUUAAAGAUUGCUGCCCUCAUGCAUCCUCAGGUGUUGUUUUAUCCAUGAAACCAAAGUUAUCCAUCUUGUAACAAUUCAUUUCUUUUUCGCAGUUGAGUUCCUUGUGAUGAUGAUGCUUUUUGCAUAUUGACUGAACAUGGAAAAUUGAAAUCCUUUUUGC